CCAUUUUCGGACAUACUGCUUGCUCAGGUCAAUUCUCGGAUUAGGCUCCCAGACAUUGGCUUUUACGCUUUGCUGCAUUCCCUGCAUUUCCAGGCAAAUCCUCAGACGACAGCAGUUGUCUCUAUUCUGACCUCAGCUACUCUUCAUCUAGAUAUCAAGGUUAAUUGGGCAAUGGCUGAAGAACAAAUAGAUUUUGGAGAUGAGGAGUAUGGAGGAGCACAAAAGAUACAGUAUCAAGGGAGUGGGACCAUACCUGCUCUUGCAGAUGUAGAGAUGAUUGGGGAGGAUGAUGAAUACGAUGAUCUCUACAAUGAUGUUAAUGUUGGGGAAGGUUUUCUUCAGUUUCAACGAUCUGAGGCACCGACACAACCGGCUCUCAUGGGCAGUACUGGACUUCAAGCUCAUAAAAAUGAAGUUCCUGAACCAAGAGGUGAAGCUGGGGGUUCACAAGGGCUAAACAUCUCUGGAAUUUCAGUUCAAGGAAAGUACGCCAAUGUUAAUGCCGGUUAUCGAGAACCAGAGGGGCAACUAGCUGUUAACAGACCAGAGAUAGAAUCUAGAAGUUAUCCAUCUAGGUCUACCAAUUCACAAGGGGGUGGUGUUAUGGAGUUGAACUCUGAUACCCAAGUAAAAAAUACGGGUUUUCAAGGGUUAACUUUAGCAUCCUCAAAGGUUGGACCUGGUCCUUCUGGUGUGCCUCAAAAGAUUAUUAACAACCCUGCUCAAUCUCUAAAUUCAUGGACUGGUGGUCCUCAAGGAGCUUCUCUGAUUCCACCUAAUCAAAUGGGUAUGACUGCAAACCAUCCUAUGAUGAACGAAAAUCAGAAUCGACCACCUUUGGAGAAUGGUCCAACCACGUUGUUUGUUGGUGAGUUACAUUGGUGGACAACUGAUGCAGAGCUUGAGAGUGUAUUAUCUCAAUAUGGAAGGAUGAAGGAUAUUAAGUUCUUUGAUGAGAGAGCUAGUGGUAAAUCCAAAGGGUAUUGUCAAGUUGAGUUCUAUGAUUCAGCGUCUGCAGCUGCAUGCAAAGAGGGAAUGAAUGGUUAUAUGUUCAAUGGGCGAGCUUGUGUUGUGGCUUUUGCUUCACCACAAACAUUGAAGCAGAUGGGAGCUAAUUAUACGAACAAAGACCAAGGCCAGCCACAAGUACAAUCUCAAGGAAGGAGGCCAAAUGAAGUUUUUGGGAAAGGUGGUAAUAUGAAUUACCAAGGUGGGGAUACAGGAAGGAACUAUGGAAGGGGUGGCAGUGGACGAGGUGGUCAAGGUGUCAACCGAGGUGGGGGUGGAGGACCGAUGAGAGGAAGAGGAGCUGUAGGUGUAAAAAACAUGGUUGGGAGCUCAGCCGGAGUUGGAAAUGGUGGUUAUGGUGUUGGGGCCUAUGGACCAGGUCUGGGAGGUCCUGCUGGUGGCAUGAUGCAUCUACAAGGUAUGAUGGGUGCUGGAUUUGAUCCAACAUAUAUGGGUCGAGGAGGCGGCUAUGGAGGUUUUUCAGGACCUGGUUUUCCUGGCAUGUUUCCUUCAUUUCCAGCUGUUAAUACAAUGGGACUAACUGGUGUUGCUCCUCAUGUCAAUCCUGCUUUCUUUGGCCGUGGAAUGGCACCUAAUGGAAUGGGAAUGAUGGGUGUAUCUGGAAUGGAUGGGCCUCACACGGGAAUGUGGACUGACUCAAACAUGGGUGGGUGGGGAGGUGAUGAGCAUGAACGUAGGACUAGAGAAUCUAGUUAUGGUGGUGAAGAUGGUGCUUCAGAGUAUGGGUAUGGGGAUGCAAAUCAUGAAAAAGGAAGGUCAAGUGGUGCCACUCGGGAAAAAGAGCGGGUUUCUGAGCGUGAGUGGUCUGGCAACUCAGAGAGGAGGCAUCAUGAUGAGAAGGAACGAGAAUUGGAUAGGUCUGAGAAGGAGCAUAGGGAACACCAUUACAGGGAAGAAAAAGACAGCUACAGAGAACACCGACGUCGUGGACGUGACCUGGAUUAUGAUGAUGACCGGGAUAGGGGACAGUCUUCAAGAUCUCGAAGCAGGUCCCAUGCUACCCGAGAAGACGAGCACAAGUCUAGAUCAAGGGACGUGGACCAUGGGAAGAAGAGACACCUACCGUCAAAGUGACAAACUAUGCUGUGAAUGCUUCUUUACUCUUUCUUAUGAGACCUUUAAUUAAGUUUUCACCCUCAGUUUCCCUUGCCUUGGUUGCUAUAUCAUUUCAACUUUCUCUGUGAUGAUUGUUGAUCCAUAUGCAGAACGUGGCUUCUUAAAGGAAGAAGUAAGUGCUACUUGCAUGGUGGUGGGGAAGAAUAGUCUUCCCUUUUUGUCUCUUACUGCAUUCUAGGGAACAACUAUUAGAUGAAGAAACUUAGUAUUCGUAUGUUGGAGCUUGGAAAACAUAGUAUUUUAAUCUAUGUGGAUAUUCUUUUGUGGGGUUGCAAUCCUAACAUCCUACAGCUGAAUAUCUACAAUGUUUAUAAUUAUCUGCAAAACACUAUAUUCAAGGGAAUGCUCACUUGGCUUGUGGUCGUGAUACUUAGAAAAUAUUGUUGUUCAUAUGAUCGUUGGGAUUUGUUCUUUAGAAGCAUUCUUGUGAUAUGUUUGCAUUCUUGGUUGAUAAGAAAUAUUUCUAGCUUGUGAUUUUUUUGAACAUCCUUUUAUGGGGGUUAGAAGUUAGGAGGGUUCGUAGGUCAGGAAGUUUGCUUGGCAUAAGCCUUAGACCUUGCUAGAUGAUGUAUAUUGUAUCUGAUUGCAUGAGAAUGAAUUUCAUCUCCUUUUUACUUUUA